AUAUAUAUAGAGAGAGAGAGAGAGAGAGAGAGGGAGAGAGAGGAUAAAUAGAAAAAAAAUAGACGAAGAGUGAUAUUGUGGCAGGUGUGAAUGAAGCUUUAAGCGGAACCAGUCACGCUUCACGAUUCUCGAGCGCUCCUCUUCGUCCUCGUCCUCUCUCUCUUCGCGAACCGUGCAUCGUGCCAUCGUCCUGUUAUCCUGCCGAGCCUAAGGACGGCCGCGCGCGCGCGUCCUCGCUCUACGCGAGAUCGGAGGAUCGUUGUUCGUCCUCUGGAUGCACGGAGAAUUAACGGUGACGUCUACGACAGCAAUGGAUCGCACGCAAUGGCGGCACCGGCAGUCGACAGAUGAAACUCGGCGAAAAAGGCCGCAGUUCUUGCGUUACAAGAAAAGAGUUCUCUCGGAAGAGAGGAACGAAGAGUGAAGGGUGGGAGAGAAGUGAGAGAGAAAGAAAGAGAAAGAGAGAAAGAAAGAGAGAGAGAGGUGGUUUUUAAGAAGUGGAAGGAGAAGAAACGGAAGGAGAAGGAAACUAAACGCGAACGGGCUAUUACAUACAGAAGCGAUCGUUUCCGAUCUCGAAAAUAAUGGGUUGAACCCUCGCGUCGUUAAAUUCGCAAGAGAAAAAAAAGAAAGGAAGAGAGAGAGAGAGAGAGAGAGAGAGAGAGAGAGAGUGAAAGAGAGAGAGAGAGAGAGAGAGAGACAGAGCGAGAGAAAACUAGAGGCUCGUUCAUCGACCAAGAGGAUGAUGAUCGCGACAAAAUGGUCCCGAGCGAAGAUGAUGCCGAGCGUCGUAAAAAGCGUCCCUAGCAACGUCGUUUUAUGGAUCUAUGCGAUAUAAAAAGAUAUAUAUAUAUACAUAUAUGUAUAUAUGUAUAUAUAUAUAUAUAUAUAAUAUAUACGUAGAUCUAUACGAGUAAAUAAUUGCAUAUGUAUAUAUAUGUAUAUAUAUAUAUACAUAUACAUAUAUGUAUAUAUAUAUAUGCAUAUGCAUACACACUCUUAUGGACAUACAACAAGAGAGAGCGAGAGAGGAAAGAGUGAGAGAGAGAGAGAGAGAGAGAGAGAGAGAGAGAGAGAGAAACCCCUCCCCCAUCGUUUUUGAAUGAUGUGAUGUGUUGGUGACAAGUGUGGAUUUUUUCGUUUUGUUUUUAAUUUCCCUGUUAAACAAACCAUCAAUGUGAUCGCAGAGAUCAUUAACACGUACGAAAUAAAAAAAGAGUAAAAGAAAAAGAUAAGAAAUAUCGCAGGAGAUCAUAACGAGUCGAUAAAAGUAUAUCGAAGUUAGCUCAUAUAGAAAUUGACUCUCGUGUGAUUUCUCCGAACGGAGCGAUUUCUUUAUUUAUUUAUUUCUUACAAUUGUUUAUCGAACGAACGAAGGAACGUGCGCGCUCGACUUCCUCGUUCGUAAAAUCCCGGAACUCGGAUCCAUCUUCGAUAUAUAUCUUCGUCGAAUCAUCGAGAAUGUUCGUCGAACUUUGUCAUCCCAAUCUACGAUUUCGAUUUUGAUACGAUUUUACGUUACGUUUUGUUUUGUUUUUGUUUUCUUUCUUUCUUUCUUUUUUCUUUUUUUUUUUUUUUUCUUUUUUCUUUCUCUUUUCUUCUUUCCAUUCGCUCGCGUAUUUGGGAGGGUUUUACGUGGACAACAAAGACGAGACACGAAGUCGAAUCGUCUACGAUUCAAGUGACCGAAGGGGGGGACCUUAAAUUUCCAUCUCGACGAUAUGAAGAGGAAGGAUCGUACGAGGAAGAGAGAAGGAUUGUCAGGAAUUGUAUACUUUGAGAUAGUUUUUUCGAAGAGGAUAUAAAAUCCUGUCGCCUUUGGUAAAGUGUUCCUUCCUUUUCAAAAGGAAUAAAUAUACUGAAAAGAAAAGGAAACAGAAGAAGUAAACUGGGAAAGAGAGGGACUAGAACGUAAACGUUGACGUUCGAGAUAAGUCGAGGAUAAAACGAAAGAAGGAGAGAGAAAAAGAGAAAAAGAGAAAGAGAGAGAGAGAGAGAGAGAGAGAGAGAAAGAAAAAGUCGCUAUAGUCUUUGUCGAGAGUGCCGCGAGAACGCGAAUGGUGAGCGACGUGCCCGUUAGCGAGGUGUACCAUCGCCGGGCAGCAUCAUCAGUUUCCUUCGUACAAUGGACGUUUUCAAAAUCGACCAGUCCCUGAGCGCGGGUCUGGGUAGCGCCCCGGCGCCGGACACGCUCACUCCGGAAGUGUCCUUCGAUGCCGGUAGCGAGUUCAAUUUAAGCUUCUUCGACGGUCCAGAGGAGAACAGCACUCAAGGAUUCAGCGAUCCUGGAUCAGUUGGGAGUGCGAGUGCCUCACCACCUCCUGGUACACCAGGAACCAUCGCUGCUAAUCCACCGAACGCCGCGCUACCGAUAGUCCAGGUGCCUUCAGGCAUCGUCAUUAAGCAAGAGCAACAUUACGCGGCAGCCGAUUCCAACAGUUCGACGCCCGCUAAAAGUUUUGUACCUUGUAAAGUUUGCGGUGACAAGGCAAGCGGUUAUCACUACGGUGUUACUAGCUGCGAGGGGUGCAAGGGAUUCUUCAGAAGAAGCAUACAAAAGCAGAUAGAAUAUAGGUGCCUGAGGGACGGCAAGUGUCUGGUGAUCAGAUUAAAUCGGAAUCGCUGCCAGUAUUGCAGAUUCAAGAAGUGCCUAGCUGUCGGCAUGUCCAGGGAUUCUGUCAGAUACGGCAGAGUGCCGAAACGUUCGCGAGAACGAGGCCCCGAAGAUUCCGUACCUACGACCACAUCGACGACGACCACAUCGACGACUACAACUGGCGUGCAACAGCUCACGUCUUCCGCUGGCACUGGCAAUAACAACAAUAACAAUAACAAUAAUAAUAACAACAACAAUAACAACACAAGCAGUCAAAAUAAUAAUAAUAAUAAUAAUAAUAAUAACAAUAACGGACAAGGAGGCAACGCCAUGCCAAGAAUACCUCCAUCAGCGGUCGCUGAAGCUGAUCAAUCCGACACGGACGUUAAGCAGUUGGCAGUCUACGAUGUUAUCCUUCAAGUGUCGCAAGCGCAUCACGCGCAUUGCGGUUUUACUGAGGAAUCCACGAGGGGUCUUAUACGAAAGCCCAUGAUAAUACCGCCGGCCAGCCCAGAAGAUCCAGAGGCAGCCUCCUCGACUGCGGAGACCGUUGAAUCGCAGAGAAUUUGGCUGUGGCAACAAUUCGCGACUAGGGUCACACCGUCGGUACAAAGGGUGGUAGAAUUUGCCAAGAGGGUUCCAGGAUUCUGCGACCUCUCGCAGGACGAUCAACUCAUUCUUAUAAAGGUUGGCUUUUUCGAGGUCUGGCUCAGUCACAUUUCCAAGAUGACCACCGAUAGCUCGAUGACCUUCGAGGAUGGUACAUAUAUCACCAGGCAACAAAUGGAACUCAUGUAUGAGCCCGACUUCGUGGCCGCCUUGAUGCAAUUCACAUCAUCUUUAAACGCUCAUCAACUGACAGACGCCGAGUUAGGUCUCUUUUCGGGUGCAGUGCUUCUAGGAGAGAGGGCUGGUCUUAACGACGUUAAAGCGGUCCAGAGGCUUCAGGAUCGUCUUUUGGAAGCUCUCAGAGUGCAAACUUCAAGAAAUCACAAUGGCACCGGUGGAGAAGCAACCUCGGCGUCUGGCUGUGCCAGCAUAUCUGGAGUUUCACAGAGGAUACCGGAACUCAGGGCGCUUGGUGCAAGGCACGCAAAUCUUUUAGAUUGGUUUAGGAGAAACUGGACGAAGCUGAAGCUGCCACCUCUCUUCGCCGAGAUCUUCGACAUUCCCAAGUGCGAGGAAGACCUACAAUGAAGAGGACCGUAUAUCGAAACGGCACGGGCACAUAAUUCCUGCCGGGAUAAUACUAACUUUCCAGCGCUCAUCGCACAAAUAGAAAAUUCAGGAAACGUUCUCGAUUUCGCUGGUAGACGACAAUGACGUAUCGUUGGUAUGAUGAGAUACGAUCGAACGGAAAUCAUCGAUUUUCCACAUCUGAAUCAAGAUGGACCAGACCAUCUUUCGAAAGGAUCCUCCUGGUCUUUUCUUUUUAACGGAGGGUACGGAUUAGCAAUAAAAGCAAAACCAUUCUCGGUAUGGGCCAUACAUAUAUGAGAAUGGAAAUUAUUUGCGUCGCUUUAUCGCGAUGGAUAUAUAUAUAUAUAUAUAUAUAUAUAUAUAUAUAUAUAUGUAUAUAUAUAUAUAUAUAUUGGAACAAAGAUAAUGUAUAUAUAAAUCGCAUUUUAUUCGUGAUUUUAUGGGAGUCGUUUCGAUGGCGAGAAAGGCGUUUUAAAGUGGAAGUACAAGCAAUACAUAUACAAAGGUUAUAUGCUAAAUCCGCGUAACGCUUCGUUACGUCACUGAGAAAUGAUAGAAUGAAGAAGGAAGAUGGAGAUCGUUUGAAUUCAAAGUAUAAAGAGAGAAAAAAAAGAAGUUGUACCUUUGACGAUACAUAUUGUAAUGACUCGAUAUUUCGCCCAUGGGAGCGCAAUUAAAUACUCAAUAUGUCGGUAUGAUAUUUCGCGUUAAAGUUAUUAUCGUGUAUGCCAUCGUCGCAAUAAGUGAUUCGAAAGUUUGUACGUUUUUGCAUUCGACAUGCGAGGAAAGCACAAAGAAAAAGAGAAAAAAGAAAAAAAGGAAAGAAAAGAAAAAAAAAAAAGGAAGAAGAAAAGAUAAUGCAAUCAAGUCCGCGGGUAAGCUUUCGGAGUCCGAUCGGUGUUCUUCUCAAAGUUUUAAGAAUUUUAGCGUAUAAUAAGGACUUUGAAAGUUUUGACGACAAAGGGAAACGUUAGACCUUAAGGAUAACGAAAUAUCGCGAUAUUAGUACAUAUUUGUAAAUUUUAUUCCGCGAAACACCGGCGAACGAAACACCAAAUUCAUAGACAUAUCGAAGAUGGAAUCAUAAAGUCGUCUAAAAAAAAAAAAAAGGAAAAAAAAAAGGAAAAAAGAAAAAAGAAAAAAAAGAAAAUCUCUUCUACGUUUUCUUGAUUAACCUUUUGUCUUUAAAGAUUUCAAAGUUGACGUGUGUAACUAGACGGCAAUAUAAACGUUUGUUACUCGUAUUGAAGUACGCUAAAGUACGAAAUACUCCGGUUAAACAGUCGCGCAAGCGCAGCUAUGAAUUAUCCUAAAAGAAUGAAUUCAUAUUAAACGCAAAGAAUGAAUGAAUCUCACGUUAUAAGACUCGAAAGGAUAUUCUAUAUAGGGCGUACCACUCAAGGUAAUCUGCUACGAAUCUCAAUCUAUGCAAUCUCUAUUUUUAUUACUUGACAAGUAGAAUAGUGUGAAUUAUCUUUAUAUAUAUAUAUAUACACAUAUAUAUAUAUAUGUGUGUAUAUAUAUAUACAUAUAUAUCGUGCUGGCUUACUUCAGGGUAUUCCGUCAAACAGCCGAACGUUUAGAAUUAUUUUAUUCCUAAUGUCUUUUCGUGAAAUAUUAUAUACACGAUUGCUCGAGCUGGUAAAGAAUCA